AUGGCACCGGUCGCAGUCGAACGUAGACCAGCAUCGCCCGAGGCUUCCGGCUCCAAAGCCGCUAACUUCGUCGUUAAGAAGCAGUCCCCUCGUCAAGGCCUUACCAACCGUGCUCACCAAUACAGUUCGGAGCACUUUGACCUGGGCGCCCUGGCUUCCGAGGAGGACUACCCGUACAACGACUUCAAGCCAUCUUUCCCCAAGGCCCACUGGGAUGCUUACGAGCCCAUCACUCCUCCCAAGGACCGUGCCCUCUUUGCUCAUCCUGAAAAGAAGGCACUUUUCGGUGCUGCCACUUCUGUCAAGGACCUCACCCGAACCAUCGGUACCGAGCUCGAGGGCAUCAAGCUCGGUGAACUCACGGAUGCGCAAAAGGACGAACUGGCUUUGCUCGUUGCUGAACGAGGUGUUGUCUUCCUCCGUAGUCAGGACGACUGGACCAUAGAGCAGCAGCUCGAGUUGGGCCGAUACUGGGGUCCUCUCCACAAGCACGCCACCACCGGUGUCCCAGCUCGCGGCGACCUUGACGAGGUCCAUGUUGUCUACUCCCAUCCCACUUCCGACCCUGGGCAGAAAGUCUACCGUGGUCCAGUGCAACACUCUCGUGCCGACCUAUGGCAUUCUGAUGUGACAUACGAAAUCAACCCUCCCUCUUACACAUCCUUCAAGCUGCUCGUCUCUCCCGAAGCAGGAGGUGAUACUCUCUGGGCAUCCGGAUACGCUGCCUACGAUCGUCUCUCCUAUCCUCUUCGUCAGUAUCUCGAGUCGCUCACCGCCAUCCACUCUGCCGUUGAUCAGGCUGAAGGAGCUCGUCGCUUCGGUAACACUGUUCGUCGUGAACCCGUUGAAACCGAACACCCCCUUGUCCGUGUCCACCCUGUCACCAAGCACAAGGCACUCUUCUUCAACCCUGGCUUCUGCAAGUACAUCCCAGGUGUUCCCAAAGCUGAGUCGGACUACCUCAUUGCUUUCCUCACCAACCACGUCUCUACUGCUAGCGACUUCAGCGUUAGGUUCAAAUGGAAUGCUGGUGACGUCGCUAUCUGGGACAACAGGACUAACAUCCACUCGGCUAUCUACGAGGAUGUUGGGGUCAGCCGCCGACACGCCAUUCGUGUUGCGGUUCGAGGUGAAAUUCCUCAGGACAGCGAGGAUGGCACAAGCAGGGAGGAGGAAUAUUACAAGGCGAGAGGAUUCAAGGUCGACAAGACCGUCGCUAAGGGUCAGAGACGCCAGGCUGGUUACAAGGACUAA